AAUACUGCCUCAGGAAACACAAGCUGGCAGUUGUUAAAGAAAGAUUUACUGUUCAGCAUUCGGUGGAAUAUAUGCACACCAAAUCAUCCCUGUUACAUGCAUGUAUGUGAACACACAAGGACACUGAGAAUUGACCUGAUGUCAGAGCCUCCGAACUGCUGCAUUUGUCUGGAUGAGUUCACCAACCCUGCUUCCCUCCCCUGUGGUCACUGCUUCUGCCUGGGCUGUAUUGGAGAAUACUGGAGGAUCCAUGGGGCCUGUCAGUGCCCCCUCUGCAAGGCCUUCUUCCCCACCAGGCCGCAGCUCAAAACAGACCAAACAGUACAAACUGAGGAAGCAACUGAGCCUUUAAAAGCUGGAGAGGUUCCCUGUGACUUCUGCCCAGCAAAGCGUCGCGCAGUUAAGUCCUGCCUGGUGUGCCUGGCCUCCUACUGUGACACUCAUCUGGAGCCACAUUACCAAAGUCAAGAUCUUGGGCGCCAUCUUCUGAUCAGUGUGGUGAAGAACCUGGAGGACUCUGUGUGUAGAGUGCAUGGGAAGCAAUUAGACCGGUUCUGCAGGAGUGACCAAACAUGCAUCUGUGCUAUGUGCGCCCAGACAGAACAUAGGGGCCAUCACAUUUUUCCUAUUGACAGGGAAGCUACAAAGAAGAAGGGUAAACUAAAAAGGAGAAGGAUGAAACUUCAGCAGGAAAUUCAAGAGAGACUGAGAAAAGUUGAAAAAAUGAAGCUCUCCGAAGACCAAAGUGGAGAAAAUCCAAAAGACGCACAGGCACAAAAUAAAGAACUCAUCAAACAGCUGGAGGACGAAAUCUUUGAGCUGCAGAGGAAAAACGCUGAGCUUGAGCAGCUUUCAGAGACUGAAGACAACCUCCACUUCCUGCAGAGAUUUCUGUACACGGCUACGUCUUAAUGACUGGACGAACAUCUUGACGAUUCACCUACAAGAGCAGUGGAACAAAGUUUAUUUUGAUUUUUUUUUCACGCCUAACUGAUGCCGUGUUUGCUUUAAAAUUGCUACAGUCAAGUAAAUGUAUAAAACUCCAGUUUAUGAUCAUACUCACUGAGAAUAUAUUGUAUGAAUGUAACUUAUGCCUGGAUGAUGAUGUAAUUUAUGUUAAGGAUAGUGUGACCUUACAUACAUUACAAUAUUUAUGUUUAAAUCUUUUUUGUUUUGAUGAAUAUGCAGGCAAUGAAUAAACCGUCAAACACUGUAUUUAUGCCAAUAAAUUGCUGUUGCUUUUGCC